AUGCUGCAUCGCUCGACCCGCAGAUUAAAAAGGAGCGCGCUUGCUGCCGGAGAAGGAGGGGCACCUGGACAGCAGGCGAAAAGUGAGCUACAGACGGACCUCCCAGAAACUCACGAUACAAGACGUACGUGGACGACGCAACAGUGUCGUGAAAUCUAUCGAUGUUACUUCAGAGCGAACCCAGAAAAACGGGGAUAUCAGAAACGCAUGUACGAACUUUGGAAAGAAAAGUACCCAGAAUGUGAUGUGCCAGAAAGAAGAUUCGCGGGCCAAUUCCAAAAUCUAAAAAAAUCAAAAAUGUUUACGGAAGUAGAAGUGGAAGAAUUAAAACGAGACACCCAACGCGACCAAGGAAGAAAUGAGGAAGAAGCUCAGGUAGAGGAACAACCCAAAGAACAAGUAGCGGCAACUAAGAACGCAGAAGCUAAUGACCACACCCCUGAAGUUAUUCACACCCUAAAACCUAGUCAGUUAGAACUCAGAAGCAAAAUUCUAAUAGAACUCAAGAACAACAAUGAAAGGAUAAGACUCCCUCCGCUGAAGAAGACGAAAAGAAAUGAUUUAAUCAGAAUUCUUCGAGAUAUUAAUACAGUAAUAGAUACAAUCCAUACCGAAAGUCUAACAGAAACCAACAAGCUUAUGUACAGUACCGCAGUGGUAGCUACGAGAGAAUUGGGAUACGACAUCUCACCAGAACGAAAACAGCAAAAACAACCUAAAUGGAAAAUAAGACUCAAAUGGAAACUGGGCCAACUCAGAGCAGACUUAAGUUGCAUUAAAAAGUGGAAAGACGGAAAACUGAAUGACCAAAGGAAAAAAGAUUACCUAUGGCACAAAUAUAAAAUGGCGGAAAAGCGCAUACCCACAGUAAUGGAAGAACUUAAGCAGCGCAUAAUGGCAACAGCAAACAAGAUCGAAAGAUACGAGCGACGAAUUGUCCAGUAUAGACAGAAUCAGCUUUUUAAAACAGACCAAAAAAGAUUUUACAAGUCAUUAGAAAACUCCAACACAGGCAAACAAAACCUGCCAGACAAAGAAGCCACAUACGGGUUCUGGAGAGACAUAUGGGAUAACAGCACUAAACACAACGCAGAAGCAAAAUGGAUUAAGGACACCAAAAAACAAAUGAAAACCCCAAAAAUGCCAGAGUUCCAGAUCACCACAGAACUAGUUAAGAAGCAGGCUAGAAAAUCUAAGAACUGGAGCACCCCAGGACCAGAUGAAAUACAUGGCUACUGGCUCAAGCACCUAACAAAACUACAUGAAAGACUUGCCGGACAAUUCAACACUGUAUUGGACGACCCAACAGACUACCAAUGGCUAACCUUAGGAAAAACGUUUCUUAUCAUGAAAGAUCCCCAAAAGGUGCAAUUCCAAGCAAUUACAGACCAAUCACGUGUCUUCCAACGACAUUUAAAGUGCUGA